AUGGCUGCCAACAAUCUUUUCUCGAUCGUUUUGAUCUUCUCCUUCCUCUUUUUCGUCACGUUAACUAGUGGAUGUGGCACAUGCAUCCCGCAGGCGCCACCAGCUAGCACCUACUGCCCUAGGGACACGUUGAAGCUUGGCGCCUGCGUCGACCUCCUCGGACUCGUCAACGUUGUUGUUGGGACCCCACCAUCAGACACAUGCUGUGCUUUACUAGCAGGUUUGGCCGACUUGGAAGUUGCAGCUUGUCUUUGUACUACCAUUAAGGCUAAUGUACUUGGAAUUAACUUGAAUGUGCCAGUUGCACUUAGUGUGCUGGUCAGUGCUUGUGGCAAAACCGUUCCUCCAGGCUUCAAGUGUGUAUAG